AGAGGCCGCGGCGUCCGAAAGCCGGGUCUCGUUUUUCCCGCGAAAGGCAGCGGCGGCACGGGAACGUGGAGGUGCAGUCAUGUCGGGCUUCGACGAUCCGGGCAUCUUCUACAGCGACAGCUUCGGGGGCGACACCGGCGCCGAUGAGGGGCAGGCCCGCAAGUCGCAGCUGCAGCGGCGCUUCAAGGAGUUCCUGCGGCAGUACCGAGUGGGCACCGACCGCACGGGCUUCACCUUCAAGUACAGGGAUGAACUCAAGCGUCAUUACAACCUGGGGGAAUACUGGAUCGAGGUGGAGAUGGAGGACCUGGCAAGCUUUGACGAGGACUUGGCCGACUACCUGUACAAGCAGCCAGCCGAACACCUGCAGCUGCUAGAGGAAGCUGCCAAAGAGGUGGCUGAUGAGGUGACCCGGCCCCGGCCCGCUGGAGACGAGGCGCUCCAGGACGUUCAGGUUAUGCUGAAGUCAGAUGCCAGCCCUUCCAGCAUUCGGAGUCUGAAGUCGGAUGUGAUGUCACACCUGGUGAAGAUCCCGGGCAUCGUCAUCGCUGCCUCCGCCGUUCGCGCCAAGGCCACUCGCAUCUCCAUCCAGUGCCGCAGCUGCGGCAACAGCCUCAACAACAUCGCCAUGCGUCCAGGCCUGGAGGGCUAUGCCCUGCCCCGGAAGUGCAACACGGAGCAGGCUGGGCGCCCCAAGUGCCCGCUGGACCCAUACUUCAUCGUGCCGGACAAGUGCAAGUGCGUGGACUUCCAGACCCUGAAGCUGCAGGAGCUGCCUGGUGCAGUGCCCCAUGGAGAGAUGCCCAGACACGUGCAGCUGUACUGUGACAGGUACCUGUGUGACAAGGUCGUUCCUGGAAACAGGGUCACCAUCAUGGGCAUCUAUUCAAUCAAGAAGUUUGGCUUGAACUCCGGCAAGGGCCGGGACAGGGUGGGUGUGGGCAUCCGGAGCUCCUACAUCCGGGUCCUGGGUAUCCAGGUGGACACAGAUGGCUCUGGGCGCAGCUUUGCCGGGUCCGUCAGCCCACAGGAGGAGGAGGAGUUCCGUCGUCUGGCCGCCCUCCCCAAUGUCUACGAGCUCAUCUCCAAGAGCAUCGCCCCUUCCAUCUUUGGGGGCAUGGACAUGAAGAAGGCCAUCGCUUGCCUGCUCUUUGGGGGCUCCCGGAAGAGGCUCCCUGAUGGGCUCACUCGCCGAGGGGACAUCAACCUGCUGAUGCUGGGGGACCCAGGAACAGCCAAGUCUCAGCUGUUGAAGUUUGUGGAGAAGUGCUCUCCAAUUGGGGUGUACACGUCUGGAAAAGGCAGCAGCGCUGCAGGCCUGACAGCCUCUGUCACGCGGGACCCCUCCACCCGCAACUUCAUCAUGGAAGGUGGAGCCAUGGUCCUGGCUGACGGCGGGGUUGUCUGCAUUGAUGAGUUUGACAAGAUGCGAGAAGAUGACCGCGUGGCAAUCCAUGAGGCCAUGGAGCAGCAGACCAUCUCUAUCGCCAAGGCCGGGAUCACCACCACCCUGAACUCACGCUGCUCUGUUCUGGCUGCUGCCAACUCAGUGUUUGGCCGCUGGGAUGAGACGAAGGGGGAGGACAACAUUGACUUCAUGCCCACCAUCUUGUCCCGUUUUGACAUGAUCUUCAUUGUCAAGGAUGAGCAUAAUGAGGAGAGGGAUGUGUUGCUGGCUAAACAUGUGAUCACUCUGCACGUGAGCGCGCUGACCCAGACACAGGCUGUGGAGGGCGAAAUUGACCUGGCCAAGUUGAAGAAGUUCAUUGCCUACUGUCGAGCGAGGUGUGGCCCCCGGCUGUCAGCAGAGGCGGCCGAGAAGCUGAAGAGCCGCUAUGUCAUCAUGCGGAGCGGGGCGCGUCAGCACGAGCGGGACAUUGACCGCCGCUCCAGCAUCCCUAUCACCGUGCGGCAGCUGGAGGCCAUCGUGCGCAUCGCCGAGUCCCUCAGCAAGAUGAAGCUGCAGCCCUUUGCCACCGAGUCUGACGUGGAGGAGGCGCUGAGGCUCUUCCAGGUGUCCACGCUGGACGCUGCCUUGUCUGGCACGCUGUCAGGCGUGGAGGGCUUUACCAGCCAGGAGGACCAGGAGAUGCUGAGCCGCAUCGAGAAACAGCUCAAGCGCCGCUUCGCCAUUGGCUCUCAGGUGUCUGAGCAUAGCAUCAUCCAGGACUUCACAAAGCAGAAGUACCCGGAGCACGCCAUCCGCAAGGUGCUGCAGCUCAUGCUGCGCCGGGGUGAGAUCCAGCACCGCAUGCAACGCAAGGUGCUCUAUCGCCUCAAGUGAGCCGGUGCCCGUCGCCCUCCAGGAGCGGCACCACUGUCCCCGCACUUCCUGCGCCCCCACUGCUCUGGAUGACAAGCUACCUGUUUGCCUCUGUGUCAGUGCUGCCUCCCUUGUGGCCUGUAGCUCAGUUGGCCUGACUGAAAGUGAGAUGCAUUUGUGUGCCCCUCCCCUGCCCCCUUGGCAGGGUGGCCUUGGGGCUUGGAGCAGGCUCAGGAGCAGAUAGGGUCCCUGGCUGGUGCUCUGUGGGGGGCUCCUGGCUGUUUGGCUGUGCUCCAGCUUCUCAUGUCAGGGAAAUUAAACAAGUCCCUGUGAUGUGUGUGGGGCUGACCUGCCUCAGCUGUCCUCCUGCAGCACCUGGGACACGUGAGAGCUGGACAUUCACUGAGCGAAUCUGCCUCAGUUUCCCAGUCAGCAAACAGUGACACUGCUUAAGGGUUGCAGCGGAGUGCAUGAGACGAGGGGCUGAGAUUCCCCAGGCCACUUGCUUCGGGUGCCGCACUCACGCUGAGCACUGGGCUUAUCAGUGCAGUGGGGAGGACCAGAACCCAGCCCACACGCUGGGAGUUGCUGGGAGCAGCUGUGUUCGAGGAAAACACCAGCAUAUCCAUCCUUGCUUUUCAUAAUACCAAAGUGCUACUGAGUUUUUGUUUGUUUUUAGAAAACUGAAUCCAGGGCUGGGAUGGCUUAGAGUUUAAGGCACUUGCCUACGAAGCCAAAGGACCCAGGUUCGAUUCACCAGGUCCCAUGUAAGC